AUGGCUAGCCGCGGAAGCUCCGCUAGGGGAGGCAUUGGUUUGGGCGGUGGGGACUCGCCGCCACAGCCCUCCGUUUUCCGCACAGAGGCAGAGCGGUGCAAAUGGAACCGUUUGGAGGUCGCGCGCAACCACAUCGCCCGCCGAUGGACGAACUGGGGGCUCGCGCCCCCGGGGAAGCUCGUGCGGUACGCGAACGGAGGAGAGGGCUCCUCCUCCGGCGGGUCGUGCCACCCCCCUUGCUCGCCGGUGUACAACAUCUCGAAGGAGGAGGAGGAGGCGGCGGCGCCGGAGCGGGAGCCUAUCUUCUCCGCGGGUGACUACGUCCACGAUGACCAGGAGGAGGACGCCGUCAUCACGCAGCUGGUGGCCGUGUCCGAGGCGGAGGCGCGAGCACGCUGGCGCCUGGAGGAGGCCGACGUCGUCCGCGAGUACGAUGCGGCGGGGAUCGUCGAGCUCGACUCGCAGUACGAGCUCGACACAUCCGCCGCCUCGCCUUCCUCCGCCACCACCCCCGCCGCCUGGGCUGUCCUCAUUGGACCUAAGUACGGCCCACUAGCUAAUGCACAAAAAAAGGUCUUCACCGUGGAAAGAGAAAAAAAAAGGUCAAUCCUUGCUCCAGCCAUGGCCUCCCAACUGCCGCCACCGCCGCCGCCGCCGCCGCCGGCGGCAGCGGAAUGCCCCCAGCCCGCUCCCACCACCAUAUUCACCAUCGGCGACGACCUUCUUCUCGAGAUCUUCGUCCGCCUCCCCUCGCUGCCGUCCCUCGUGCGCGCCGCCUUCGCCUGCCGCACCUUCCUCCACGCCGUCCGCUCCUUCCCCACCUUCCGCCCCCGGUUCCGGGACCUCCACCCGCCGCCGCUCCUCGGCCUCUUCGUCAGGCACCGCGUCGGAGACAUCCCUUCCUUCGUGCCCCUCCGCGGCCUCGCCGACCCGGACCAGGCGGCCGUCGUCCGCGGCUCCGAUUUCUUCCUCACCCGGGUCCCCGACGACCAGGGCUUCUGGAACGUCACCAACUGCGGCCACGGCUACCUUCUCCUCCACAACUGGGAACACAGGCUGUUCGCCGCCUACAACCCGCUCGCCGGCGUGCUGCACCGGAUCCCCGCGCCGCCGGAGGCCGUCCGGGAGCUCUACAUCCUGUCAGAGCUCCACGGGUCGUUCCGCCUUGUCUGCGUCCAUGAGGACGGCCUGCAGGUGCGCGCCGUCGUCUUCUCGUCCGACACCGGGGAGUGGCAGGUUCUGCCGUGGGCGCAGGCUGCGGCGAUCUACAAAAACCACCCCGAGGACGACAAGCACUGCCUCCCGCCCAGGACUGGUAAGCUUGUGGAUGGGCGCAUCUACUGGACAAGGCACGACUACGUGAUCAUGCUCGACACCGCGACGCUGCAGUUCUCUUCCAUGGAUCUGCCGCCAUACAUGUAUGGGCAGAAACCUUUUGUGGUUGGUGAGACCAAAGAUGACAAGCUCUGCAUGGUUUGCGCGAUCGAUGAGGAGGACACGAUUGCUGUCUGGGUCUGGAGAGCCGAUGCUGACCGUGCCGAGAAAUGGAUGCUGGACAAGGAGAUUGAACUGGAGGAUCUGUCUGCGCUCAAGCUGGUGGCGGUUAAGCAGGGCUUUGUGCACUUACACUGGAUGGCCGUUGAGGAGCCCGGCAUUGUUCCUCUUUGCGACUUCUUCUCCCUCUGCCUGGAGAAAGAAGAGAUGAAAAAGAUCUUUUCUCUCUAUGAAUACGAACUGGAGUGGUCCUAUCCCUACAUCAUGCCGUGGCCUUCUUCCUUGGUGUGCAACAAGAAUAAAUCAAGACGAUGGAUGUUUUUAGGAAUCACAACCAUUCAUCUGUGUACUUUCUUUGAGCAGUAAUAAUCUGUGAACUUCUGUAUGUCCAAAAAUAAGUACCCCAUUCUUAGCUUC